AUGGUCGUUCAAGCAGUUACCGGUAUAUUGAACCAAGUUGAUGGGUCGUCCCAGUUUGAAUCCAAAAACACAAAAGUUAUCUGCUCGGUGACGGGUCCAAUCGAACCAAAGGCGAGGCAAGAAUUGCCCACCAGACUUGCCUUGGAAGUCAUUGUGCGUCCUGCCAGAGGCAUUCCUAAUACAAGGGAAAAACUUAUCGAAGACAAGUUACGUGCUGUAUUAACACCACUGAUAGUGAGUUAUAAAUAUCCAAGACAGCUGUGUCAGAUUACUUGUCAAAUACUGGAAGCUGGCGAGAGCGAAGAGGAAUUUUCCCAAAGAGAAUUAAGCUGUUGCAUAAAUGCAGCAUUCCUAGCACUUAUUGAUGCAGGCAUAGCCCUUCAUAGUAUGGUGUCUAGCGUAUGCCUUUGUAUUGCUAAGGAUACGGAUGAACUGGUCAUUGAUCCAGGUGAUGAUGACUUGAGAGUUUCGAGGUCAGUUCACACUCUAGCACUUGAGCUUGUUAAGGGUGGUAGCGUCAUCCAAAAUGUUUUGUUGCUAGACAGUGUUGGAGAUUUCACCGAAGAGCAACUGUUUGAAAUUUUGCAAAAUGGUGAACAAAGUUGCGUGGAGCUGACAAAAGAAUUGAGAAGAAUCAUAAGUGAUAAGAUCUCUGAAGACAUUGUACGAACACAUGUCGCUUGA